GGCCGCAGUCCAUGCGGAGCUUGUCAACAUGAGAAUCUCCAUUGUACCUAUGAGGGUGUCGCCCACCCCUCUGAACGCAUGACCCUUGCAAAAGCUGUAAAGAGGAUUGCAUAUCUUGAAGAGCGCCUACGAUUGUAUGAAGGCUCAGGAUCGGCCAAGGACAGUGAUGGUGCUGCCCUCCUUUACAGCACUGAAGUGUUGGCAGGAACUGCAAACAACCCAGAGAAUGAGAUGGCUUACGCAUUACGAGGCAUUAAUCAAUUGAGGACUGCCCCAAGACAUCCCGAAUUUUAUGGCGGCUCAUCCGUCAAUGUCAUUAUCGAGGCUGUCCAGACGUCCGAGGCAAAUGCAAAUGAAAAUCAGGACCAGGGAAUCUGCCCAGCAGACAUAUAUUCUCCCGAGAAUAGGGCUCAGUUAUGGUUAGGUAGAGGCUCGACCUUAUUCUUCAGCAAAGCUUCUGGGGCGCUUCUACCGGCCGAGUCGAUUGCGAACGAGUAUGUACAUCGAUACUUCCAGACGGCUCAUCGCAUUUUCCCAAUCCUCAAUCGAAAACUGCUUGUCGACUCCUGCGCGGAUUACUGGAACGGCUUGCCCACGGAAGGCAAGGGUUACGAGUACUGGACUGCUGUCAUGUACAUGGUGAUCGCUCUUGGUCACCAAUAUAGUCUGGUUGAUCCGGAUGAGGAGGUGCGGAAAAGGGCAAUGGCCUCACCACAACACGGAGAAGCAUGCUUCCAACUUGCGAAGUCGACUUUGAGCAAUGUGCCUUUCAUGGGAGGCGACAUAUCUGCCGUCAACAGUCUUCUGCUCGCAUUUCUUUGGCUGAGCAACGAGCAUCGAUUUCAUGAAGCAUAUACCGUGCUGGGCGUGGCAUCACGUAUUGGGUACGGCAUCGGCCUCCACCGGGAUUUGAAAUUCGACCCCAAGCAGACGGAACAAACGCCGCACAUUAUCGGAUGGUGCUCAUCAUUCUGGUGCUUGUUCACAUAUGAAAGAGAAAUGGUGGCAUUCCUGGGUCGCCCUUGUGCUGUUGAAGCUGGAGAGGUUGAUAUCAAGGCUUUCAACUUGGAGACGUCUCCGGUCGAUUUGCAGUACGUAGAACGAAUGCGUCAAUUUGCCUGCGUGACUUGGGACGCUUACAACCAUGUCUACUCUCUUUCGUUCAGACACAAAAGUGUCGCUGAACGUGGCGAGGCACUUCGGAAAGCGGACAGAGCAUUCGAAAGUUGGUUCAAUAGCUGGUUCCAUGACUGUACAUGGGCGAGAGAGCCACAUGGCCUAGUUGCCAGGCUCCGAUUCCUUCACAUGCGGUUGCUAUUACAUCGGGUUUUCCUCAACCUGCUGGUUCAAAAGAGCAGAAGGAAAGAGGCACUAUCAGAAGAAUUGCAGGAUCUGGCAGCAACCUGCAUUCAUGUCGCCGUCGACAUUGUCACCUUGACAACUCAGUCGGUUUUUGUAGGGGUCCUGACAAGUGGGACCCUGCAAGGCGCCCUUUUUCAUGCAAUGGCGUACCUCUGGAACGCCAUGGUAACCCUCUUACUCUACGCAAGCUCUCAUUCUGCACAACAGCGACUUGGACCAAAAUUGAAAAAGCUAAUCAACAUCAUCCAAGAGAUCAAUAAUGGCAUGAAAGUCUUUGGAUAUCACAAGGAAGCCGUCGCGUUCGCUCGGACAGCCUCGCAGAAGAUCACAGCCCUCUUGGAGACGAUUGAAACAAAUGGGAGCAAGACUUCCACGACGACCUCUGGACAGCCACCAGCACCACCUUUCACAUCACCAGCAUCAUUGUUCGAUUGGACUACGGGUCCAGAGUCGGACUUUCCAGAGUUCGACGCAUCCUUCAAUGACUUCCAGACUUUCUUCAACAUGGAUUUGGACACACCACUCCCUCAGAGCCAACACCCAGACGAAGGACAAGCGUCGUGAAUGAGCGCAGCUUUUUACCGGAUCCCUCGCAUUCGCAAUUGUGGUAUGCAAUUAAUGGUCAUACCUUGCCAACCAUGGCCGACAAGCCUCAAGCAGCGCAA